GUGAGACCCGAGGCGGGAUGGGAAGAGGCGUGACCAGGGUUCGGCGAGGUGUAGUGCUGCCUACAGUAUCUCUCUGUGGCCUUCCUUCCAGCUGCUAUUGAAGAGAGAAGACCCAGGUUCAAGCUAACAGCUGGAGUCUCUUUGACGAACACCUCAGUUCUGUCCCGGGGAUUAAAGGGGAAACCGAGGCCUGAAUGGGCGUGGUCAUUUCCUGCAGUUCGCGUGACGACCGCAGCCGUGGCAGGUAAAAAGAUUGCCAUAUCAACUCACUGAAGCAAUAGCGUCACUGUCUUGUCUUUUAAACUGCAUCAACAAUGAAGCAAUAAUAUCUGAGAACAAAUGAACAUUUGCCAACUAACUGUCAUCACAAUUUCAAGUGAUUGUAUAAGCAGAAACAAGCUGCAACAGACCCAUGUGUCAGCUCUUACAGAGGGAAUGCUUUUUUCAGAUGCUGUUUAUUUAGAAACAGUUCUAGUAUAUCACAUUUAAGUUGUAUUUAUAUCAAAUGAAAUAAAAAUGAGUGAAGCCCCCAGAUUCUUUGUUGGACCUGAGGAUACAGAAAUAAACCCUGGAAAUUAUCGACACUUCUUCCACCAUGCAGAUGAAGAUGAUGAGGAGGAGGAUGAAUCUCCACCGGAAAGGCAGAUUGUGGUUGGAAUAUGUUCCAUGGCAAAGAAAUCCAAAUCCAAACCAAUGAAGGAAAUUCUUGAACGGAUCUCCUUAUUUAAAUAUAUCACAGUAGUAGUAUUUGAAGAAGAUGUUAUUUUGAAUGAACCCGUGGAAAACUGGCCUUUGUGUGAUUGUCUUAUUUCUUUUCAUUCUAAAGGAUUUCCACUGGACAAAGCAGUUGCCUAUGCAAAACUCAGGAAUCCAUUUGUAAUCAAUGACUUGAAUAUGCAGUAUCUCAUACAAGAUAGGAGAGAAGUAUAUAGUAUUCUUCAAGCUGAAGGUAUUUUACUUCCUCGUUACGCAAUUUUGAAUCGUGACCCAAAUAAUCCCAAAGAAUGUAAUCUGAUUGAAGGGGAAGAUCAUGUAGAAGUAAAUGGGGAAGUUUUCCAAAAGCCAUUUGUAGAAAAGCCAGUCAGUGCAGAAGACCACAAUGUUUACAUUUAUUAUCCAACAUCUGCUGGUGGUGGAAGUCAAAGACUUUUUCGAAAGAUUGGCAGUAGAAGUAGUGUUUAUUCCCCAGAAAGCAAUGUACGAAAAACAGGCUCAUAUAUAUAUGAAGAGUUUAUGCCCACAGAUGGUACUGAUGUUAAGGUUUAUACAGUAGGUCCAGAUUAUGCCCAUGCUGAAGCUCGAAAAUCUCCUGCACUUGAUGGCAAGGUGGAGCGAGAUAGCGAAGGAAAAGAAGUAAGAUACCCUGUUAUUCUCAAUGCACGAGAGAAAUUAAUUGCUUGGAAAGUCUGCCUUGCAUUUAAGCAAACAGUUUGUGGCUUUGAUUUGUUACGGGCCAAUGGACAGUCCUAUGUCUGUGAUGUCAAUGGCUUCAGUUUUGUGAAAAAUUCCAUGAAGUAUUAUGAUGAUUGUGCAAAAAUACUUGGGAAUAUUGUAAUGCGAGAGCUUGCUCCACAGUUUCAUAUCCCCUGGUCGAUACCCUUAGAAGCUGAAGAUAUCCCGAUUGUACCAACUACAUCUGGAACUAUGAUGGAACUUAGAUGUGUCAUAGCUGUCAUUCGUCAUGGAGACCGAACACCAAAACAAAAAAUGAAAAUGGAAGUGAGGCAUCAAAAAUUCUUUGAUCUUUUUGAAAAGUGUGAUGGAUAUAAAUCUGGGAAAUUAAAGCUCAAAAAACCAAAACAAUUACAGGAAGUGCUGGAUAUUGCACGACAACUUCUUAUAGAGUUGGGACAAAAUAAUGAUUCCGAAAUUGAAGAAAACAAGUCUAAACUUGAACAACUUAAGACCGUGUUAGAGAUGUAUGGCCAUUUUUCUGGAAUAAAUCGUAAGGUCCAAUUAACCUAUCUCCCUCAUGGUUGUCCUAAGACAUCUAGUGAAGAAGAAGACAGCCGAAGAGAAGAGCCAUCCUUACUUCUGGUUCUAAAAUGGGGAGGAGAACUAACCCCUGCAGGCAGGGUCCAGGCUGAAGAACUUGGAAGAGCUUUCAGGUGUAUGUAUCCUGGAGGUCAAGGAGAUUAUGCAGGAUUUCCUGGUUGUGGUUUACUUAGAUUACAUAGUACCUACCGACAUGACCUUAAAAUAUAUGCCUCUGAUGAAGGACGAGUCCAGAUGACUGCAGCUGCUUUUGCAAAGGGGCUAUUAGCUCUAGAAGGAGAACUUACACCCAUUCUUGUUCAGAUGGUGAAAAGUGCAAACAUGAAUGGCCUUUUAGAUAGUGAUAGUGACUCUUUGAGCAGUUGUCAGCAACGUGUGAAAGCAAGACUUCAUGAAAUACUUCAGAAAGACAGAGAUUUUACUGCUGAAGAUUAUGAAAAGCUUACGCCAUCUGGAAGCAUUUCUCUUAUCAAAUCAAUGCAUUUAAUUAAAAAUCCUGUGAAGACCUGUGACAAAGUGUAUUUCUUGAUACAAAGUUUGACUUCUCAAAUCAGACAUCGAAUGGAAGAUCCCAAAUCAUCAGAUAUUCAACUUUAUCAUAGUGAGACCUUAGAGCUCAUGCUACGUAGAUGGUCCAAGUUGGAGAAAGACUUUAAAACAAAGAAUGGAAGAUAUGAUAUUAGUAAAAUCCCUGACAUAUAUGACUGUAUAAAAUAUGAUGUCCAGCAUAAUGGUUCCUUGAAAUUAGAAAACACAAUGGAAUUAUAUAGGCUUUCAAAGGCAUUAGCAGAUAUUGUUAUCCCUCAGGAAUAUGGUAUAACUAAAGCUGAAAAACUGGAGAUUGCCAAAGGCUACUGUACUCCUCUAGUUAGAAAAAUUCGCUCAGAUCUUCAAAGGACCCAAGAUGAUGACACUGUAAAUAAACUCCAUCCUGUGUAUUCCAGAGGUGUUCUGUCACCUGAACGUCAUGUCCGUACCAGAUUAUAUUUCACCAGUGAAAGUCAUGUACAUUCUUUACUGUCUAUUCUUCGCUAUGGUGCCUUAUGUGAUGAAUCAAAGGAUGAACAGUGGAAACGAGCUAUGGAUUAUUUAAAUGUUGUCAAUGAACUCAACUACAUGACUCAGAUUGUUAUCAUGCUUUACGAGGAUCCUAACAAGGAUCUUUCCUCUGAGGAACGCUUUCAUGUUGAAUUACAUUUUAGUCCAGGAGCCAAAGGAUGUGAAGAAGACAAAAAUUUACCAUCUGGCUAUGGAUAUAGACCAGCUUCAAGGGAGAAUGAAGGCAGGAGAUCUUUUAAAAUUGAUAGUGAUGAUGAGCCACAUACUUCUAAGAAAGAUGAGGUUGAUCGAGCUGUGAUAUUGUUUAAACCUAUGGUAUCAGAGCCAAUUCAUAUACACAGGAAGUCUCCACUUCCAAGAUCUAGGAAGAUGGCUGCAAAUGAAGAAGAGAGCCCCCUGAGUGUGUCUAGCCCAGAGGGUACUGGUACCUGGCUGCAUUACACCAGUGGUGUGGGUACUGGGCGUCGAAGACGCAGAUCAGGGGAACAAAUCACUUCUUCCCCUGUCUCCCCCAAAUCAUUGGCUUUCACAUCCAGUAUUUUUGGCUCAUGGCAACAGGUUGUAUCUGAAAAUGCUAAUUACUUGCGAACACCAAGAACUCUUGUAGAACAGAAGCAGAACCCUACUGUAGGGUCUCACUGUGCGGGCCUGUUUAGCACCUCGGUGCUCGGGGGUUCUUCAAGCGCACCUAACCUACAGGAUUAUGCUCGUACUCAUCGUAAAAAGCUGACCUCUUCUGGCUGCAUAGAUGACGCCACACGCGGUUCUGCUGUUAAAAGGUUUUCUAUCUCAUUUGCUCGACACCCAACCAAUGGCUUUGAAUUGUAUUCGAUGGUGCCAUCUAUUUGUCCUCUAGAAACUCUUCACAAUGCCCUGUCUUUAAAGCAGGUGGAUGAAUUUCUUGCUUCCAUUGCUUCUCCAUCAAGUGAAGUUCCACAGAAGACCCCUGAAAUUUCCUCUUCAGCUUCACGUUCCAGUCCAAUAAUAAGAAGAAAAGUAUCUUUAAAUACAUAUACACCUGCAAAGAUCCUCCCAAUGCCAGCAGCUACCAUAAAGAGUACUAAAGCAAGCAGCAAACCAGCUCCCAGUGGACCUUCUAGUACGGUUGUUCCUAAUACCUCAUCUCGGAAAAAGGGUGUGAGUAGCAAAACAGAAAUGCAUGAACACAAAAAAAACACUGCGAAAAAAAAAUGAAAUCUUCUUAGCAGAAGCUGGAACUCAUUAUACUUAUAAAAAAUCACGUGUUCAGUAGAAAGAGACACGUAAUAAACCUUGACUGAAAAGUAUCAAAGCAAGUAAUUUGUGUCUCCUUAUACAUCUCUGUAUUAAUUUAAAGUUAUAUGACAUCUAGAGAAUUCUUUGUAUAUAUUCAGGUAAGGCCUUUGUCAUGAUCUGGAAAUGUUUAAAACAGUGUUUAUUAGCAUUUUAUGAGUAGCAAAACUUAUGGUGAUAAAGGUCUGUUGUUCUGAAUGUGAUGUUUACCGUGUGCCUGUGGUAAAGAAGAGGAACGGAAAAGCCCAGACGGCCUGUGCCAAUGUCACACAGUAAUGCUGUUUGCUGAAGAACCUGUGAGGUGGCCUCUGUACACAUUUUCACUUUCACAGGAUCACAUCUGGGCUGCAAAAACCUAUAGCUUGAAAUUUGAUGGCCAUACUGGGAACUUUUAAAAAGCAUAUUUCCAAAGAGAUUUCAUUGACCAUUUAGAUUAGAAACCUUUUUUUCCCCAAUUGUUUGUUAUGAUCACAUAUAUGCUGCAAUAUUUAAUAACUGGAGUAUUGGCAUAUGGGUUAUUUUUUCAAUCUAUGCUUUGAAUUUUUAUUGUGUAUUAUUUAAAAUAUUACAUAUGCAGCUGGGAUAACUAUACCUUUAUGCACAUAAAUUUGUAUAUUAAUUUGUAGAAAAUAUUUUCUUUAUAUAUUUCCUUACCAUAAGGUGCUUUUGUUCAUCAGGACAAUUUUUCUUCAUAUAUUGGCAAGAAAGACAUCUUUAGAGUUGCUUUUUAAGAUAUAGUUGACAAGUUUAUAAAUGUUAGUUAUUUUCAGAGUUCUUUUUAGAUCUAAAAAACUGAGUUCCAGAAUGGAGGUAAUCAAUGUAAGAAGAGUAUCUGAAUUCCAUUGUUAGUAGAUAUUAUGUAUAGCACCUAUUUCUACCAUUUCCAUUCUUACCUCUAGAAUAUCAUUUGAUCUCACUAAGAUAACUUAAAGAUUGAGCAUUUGAAAUACAUGCUCAUUUCAAGUGAUUACAUUUUGAAGGGAAAUUGAGAUUAUUGCAUUGUGAUUUCAUCUAUGAUGUGAAAAAAUAUUUAUUAUCCUUGGUGCUUACUUUCCCCUGAUGCACAAAUAAUUAUUGUAUAAACCACUUGAAAUGACUUAAACUGUAAACCAAACAGUACAUCCUGAUAAGAAUUGCAUCCAUUGCCAGUUAGGUAACUUGAAUUGCUAAAGCUUUAGUUUGAGGCUUAUGUUUAGAAAAAUUAUUGAAUUCUCGUAUGAAUGCAGCUAUUCAAAUCCUUCAGUAGAGACCCUCCUAACCUUAAAUUAUCAUAAUGAAUUGACUUUAGAAAAUAAGCAUAGUACGUGUUCAUUUUAAAAGGUACCAGAUGCAAAAGCCACAAACAUAUACAAUUCUAUAAGUUCAUAUAUUUCACAUGAAUGUAAAUGUAUUAUAUGGAGACAUGUCUUGUAAACAGUUGAAUGUACCUAAGCUUUCUGUAUGUGAAAAUGUGGUUAAUGUGCUCAUUGUCAGAGUAAAGAAACUACUUUUAUUUUUUAAGUGGAACUGAAUUAAAAUAUUUUAUUUCUAGAA